AUGUCGUUGAAGAUCUUCGUUCUUCUGGCCCUUUCCGCCGUCGUUGCCGGACAAAUCAGUAAGUUUUUUCAUUACUUUAAUGGCUCAAGGUGCGAGCCGUUUUUGGUCGGCUGCAAUUUUUUAGCAACGUCAUGCUUCUCAAUACACUAAUGCUUGAGUCGUUUCUGGUCGGCUGCACUUUUUGGAUACCCCUAGUGCUUCUCAAUGCCGCCUUGCUCGAGUCGUUUCUGGUCGGCUGCACUCUUUUAUAGACUUCUAGACGCAGGCUUUUCAAUGCCGACUUGCUUGAGUCGUUUCUCGUCGGCUGCACUUUUUGGAUACCGCUAGUGCUUCUCAAUGCCGUAUUGCUAAAGUCGUUUCUGGUCGGCUGCACUUUUUGGAGACCCCUAGUGCUUCUCAAUGCCGUCUUGCUCAAGUCUUUUCUGGUCGGCUGCAAUUUUUGGAACCCCUAGGCAUUAUACUUUCCAAUGCUCUCAUGCUCAAGUCGUUUUUGGUAGGCUGCACUUUUUGGAUAAUACUAGUGUUUCUCAAUGCCGUCUUGCUAAAGUUAUUUUUGGUCGGCUGCAAUUUUUGAGAGCCUUCAGCUUGUGCUUUUCAACGCUUUUUUGCUCAAGUCGUUUUUGGUCUGCUGCACUUUUUUGGAGACCACUAGGCUUACACUUUUCAAUGCCACCUUGCUUGAGUCGCUUUUGGUCGGCUGCAAUUUUUUGGAGACCCCAAGUGCUUCUCAAUGCCGUCCUGCUCAAAUCGUUUUUGGUCGGCUGCAAUUUUUGAUAGCCUACAGGUUAGGCCUUUUAAUGCCGUCUUGCUUAAGUCGCUUUUGGUCGGCUGCACUCUUUCAGAGACUUCUAGACGCAUGCUUCUCAAUGUCGCAUUGCUCAAGUCGUUUCUGGUCGGAUGCACUUUUUGGAUACCCCUAGUGCUUUUCAAUGCUUUCUUGCUUAAGUCGUUUUUGGUCGGCUGCACUUUUUGAGUGCCCGCUAAGCUUUGAGCCAUUCUCCUUCUGAGUAUUCGUUAUCAAUUAUUUUUUUUUCAGUAGAUGACACGGAUCUCAUUUUCACCAAACGAUACGACGAAGGAAAAGCCGCAAGUUUGUUCCAAUAAAAAAACCCCAAAAUUUUUAAUUUUUCAGUUUUCCUGACAAAAUUGGAACGAGAGUUGAAAGCGGCCGGUGUGGAAGCCAGGACAGUCGUUUCUGUCUUAGCCGUGUUCAAAAAAUAUGGGGUAUGGUAGAAAGGGUCGCAUUGGGAAUGGCUCAAGGGCUACUUUUCAAGGAUUACUUUAGCUAGCAAGUUAUGGAUUACUGUUACCGAAAAAUGUUUCUAACGUACAUUUCGCAAUAUUCCUGGCUUUAAAAAAGCUCUCCAGUUAUGAAAAUAAAAAGGUUACGGUAACUUCAAGCUACAGUAACCCGAAAACGUCUCCGGAUUUUUGAUUACUGUAAUCUACACUCAAAAGUUCUUAUAAUUACGGUACUAUUGACAGAUUAAAUUUCUAUGACUAGCAGAUUAUUGAAGCUAUUUAAUUACAAAAAUUUAAAAAGAUUACGGUAAUUCAGAGCUACAGUAGCCGGAAAAUGUCUCAGGACUACUGUAAUCUUGAGCUGUCGGAGGCCAAAAAUCUGAUGGUUACGGUAACAUUUUAGAUAACAGUUGUUUAGUUGGCAGCUUAUAUGUCACCGUAAACCUCUCAAAUUACAGAGAUUGCGGUAACUCAAAGCUCAAGAUUACAGUAGUCCUGAGACAUUUUCCGGCUACUGUAGCUUUGAGUUAUCGUAAUCUCUGUAAUUUGAGAGGUUUACGGUGAUAAAUAAGCUGCCAACUAAACAACUGUUAUCUAAAAUGUUACGGUAACCAUCAGAUUUUUGGCCUCCGAUAUCUCAAGAUUACAGUAGUCCUGAGACAUAUUUUAGAUAACAGUUGUUUAGUUGGCAGCUUAUUUAUUACCUUAAUCCUUUCAAAUUACGGUAACUCCAAGCUACAGUAACCCCAGAAAAGCCUCAGCAUUGCCGUCAAGCUGUCGGAAGCCGAAAUUUCGGGGUUCUCGAUGUUUUUAAAACGAAUUCUUUUAACCAUUUUUCAAAAGACAGCCAUUCCCAAUACGACCAUGAUUUUUAUUUUCCAAUGAAUAGACCUGGAAAUUUUCCAGGCGAUCUACAAGGCCAAUGCCGCUUUGACACUGGCGGAGUUCAAAGCUAAGUACGGCGCACUGUUGAACCAGGACUUGAGGGCUAUCAAGAACUUACUACCUUCUGAUGCGGUUUUUAUAAAAUCCAGAUAUUUAUUUUUAAAAAAUCAAUAUUCCAGGCCAAAGUCAAGAAAAUCGCCGAAAAGUUGAUCAGCGAGGCGACUGCGUCGAAGAAGUACACUUGGGGGUGGUGGAAACUGGUUUUUUGA